GUAUGUGUAAAAUAAUAAUAAUAAUAAUCUUUCUUGAAUUCAUCUGGAAGCGCCGAAAUAGCUCAAAAACGCACCAGAGCAGGACAGUGUGGUAGGAGAGACCUCAAAGCUCCACCCAUACCCAUCUUCAACAAAUCCAAGUGGAUGAAAAUUGAAGAACAGCCAACAUUAGUACUACUAUGAGUGCUGCUGUUUGUGGGUUUACCAGAAGAUUUCCAGGCUUGGUUCCUCCUGGCCCUUAUAAUCAACCUUUUAGGAUUCAAAGACACAAGGAAGGCAAAUUUAACGAUGGCUAUGCCAUUCAGCUACCUAAAAUGAUUCCUAGAGGACAAAUUCAAUAUUUUCCUUCAAAGCAUUCUAGGAACAAGCAUGUUUUAUCCAUAGGAAGGGAUGAUUAUCAGUUGAACUACAACGAUGACUUGCCUCAAGAACCUUUUCUGCUGACUCUUAUUAAGGAAGCAAUAUGGGCUACGAAAUCAUUAUUUUUAUUUCUGGUUGAGCAGCCGAGUCAGCUGAAGUAUAUAGAAUGGCCAAGCUUCCAAAGCACUCUGAAGACCGCAACCCUCACUCUUGUAAUUGUGGCACUGCUUAUUGUCGCGCUAUCAUCAGUUGACUCUAUCCUAUGCUAUUUGUUGGCUUUGCUUCUAAGGAGGAGUGCUUGAUAGAAGACAAACACUUGUUUUUCAUAUAUGUUUUUGCAGGUACUUACAAAGCCUAUUUCCCUCCUUAGCACAUGUUAGCAAAAAAUUUUAUAUUGGAAAAAAUAUGUAAACUGAAUGAGAGAAAAGAGAUAGCUUUUGUAUAUAAUUGGGGAUUAUAUGAUGUAGGUUGUCUUAAUUGGCAAAUAUGAAUUAUAUGGCUUCUUUUUUUACUUUUUAAUUUGCAAUGAACUGCAUAUCUAUGCAAGUGGCAAAAUAACAUUCUGUGA